AUGCACGUGCCCACCAGCAUCAACGCCAUCUGCUUCCUCCCACCACCCAACCGUCCACCAGUCCAUCCUUUCAUUGGCUCCUUCCUUCUAUAUUCUGUAUCAGCCCCCCAUUGUCUCCCUUUUCCCCCUCUCUACCCCCUUUCCCCCUUCCGUAUCCGCCCCCUCAACACGCAGCAAGCGGACCUGCACGGACCUGCACUGGUGUGUAGUGCCACACCACUCAACCCACGCCCCUGCUCGUCCUCCCCACUCUCCCCGCUCUCCACUUCACCUCAUAGUACCCUCACUCAUUCGCUGUCGGAGCAAGGUCAAGUUGGGGUAGGGGAGCAAUUGGGAGCGUUACUUUCUCCCCUCCCUCCCUUCCUUCACUCCCUCGUGCUCCCUCCCAUACUCUUCUCUUCCCUCCCCUUCUUCCCUCCACUUCUCUCCCCGUCCCCCCUCUUCCCUCCCCUUCCCUCCUCCUCCCUCCCUUCCCCCGCUCCUCACCCGCUGCUCAUCAUCUCAUUGGCUCCUUCCUUGUAUAUGCUGUAUUCUAGCUGCUCCCGUCCACAUUCUUCAUCACCACCCCCUUCUUCCCUUCUCCCCCUCCCCUGUCCCCCUUCCGUUUCCACGCCCCUCCACACCACACACAGCAAGCUGGCAUGUGGUAUCAAGGCGCGCCCCACCUCGUCCUUUCCACUCGCCGCCUUCUUCGCCUUCUCCCCCUUCUCCCCGUCACCUCGUAACACCCACAAGCACCUCACCGGCACGCCCAUCCACAGUCGCACCCUCGCUCAUCCCCUGUCGGAUCGAGAGCAGUGGGGGGCGUUUCUUUCUUCCCUCCCUUCCUUCUCUCCCUCCUCUUUUCUCCCGUUCUGUCCCAUUCCCACCUCUUCCCUCCUCGUGCCACCCGUCCCCGCUCCUCGUCCCACUGUCAUCCUUCCCUUGUGGACAUCCCCCCUAUCCUCCCUUCCUCCACAUUCCUCCCCUCGUUCACGUCUCCCUGUCUCCCCCCCCCAGGGGCGAGGGGAGGCAAGCAAGUCGGUCAAGCCAAAGUUCUCUGUAACUCCAACGCCCCUCUCCUUCUUCAUUCCCCCCUCUCUUCUCUCAAUCACACCCCAUCCCUCUCGCUGCCCAGUAAUAUGGCGCCAGCUGGCGUGCGUGGGGAUGAGGCGGACAGCCUAUUGGGGCGGCGGGGGCAGUGGGGGCGAGCACGAGGCGGGGGCAGUGGGGGCGAGCACGAGGCGGGGGCAAUACCGCAAGGUGAGGAGCGAGGGCACGGGGGGGUGGGAUGGGGUGCGCACAGGGGCGCUUGAGAGGGAUGCUUGCAAGGCAGGGGGAGAGGUUGUUUGCAGGGGCUGUGGGGGAGGGGUGGUGAAGGGCAGUGGGUGUGGCGAGCACGGGCCAGCGUGCUGUUGA